UAUUUUGUUUUUGUUUACUUCUGGGAAGUACAGUCGUAGUCUGAUUCAUAUAUAUUUACAUAUAAUGUUUUUACCCAAAUGAACUUAAUUAAAUGCCAGCUUGUUACGUAUGUUCGAAAUUUUAUGGUUUAAAGCAAAUUAUUCGUAAAUUAUAUCGACUUAGAUGAUCCUUAUGAAAAACAAUCGCGUCUAACAAUGACAGCCUCCCCGAAGAACCGCAGGUCGGAAUCCAUGACUUCUCGCUUCUAUGCGACAGACCGUGAAGAUUACCGCGUCCAUUCUUUCAUUGAUAGUGCCACAAAGAAUCGAAAAGUUGAUCUGCAUGUCCGACAGUCAAGACACCUUCCAUUCUGGAUGUGGUACAUUGUUGCAAAAUGCAAUGGUAUUCCACUUCACAAUAAUUCCAAACCUGUCCUUGGUACCAUCCUGCAUGCUAUCACCUUCGGCUCUGCGCUCACAUGUGCUCUGUCGUACAUCUGGUUCAUCACGUAUGACAUCAUCUCUCCCAACACACCGUCCGAUAUCCCUGGUGGCACUAUUGGAAUUCUCUUGGUAGGUUUGUGGUGCGGCUUUGGCUUCUACUGCAAGGACUUGUGUGGUCGCCUACUGAUGCAUCCUCGUUUCCUCAAAGACAUUCGCAUGCAUGCAAGGACCAUUUUCAAAGUGAAUGGUGCUGUGCUGGUUUUUCUGCUGGGUCUUCUUUUUGUGGCAGCUAAGAUAUUAGAAGAUGUGGAUUCAUAUAAAGCUGACCAGUGCAGAGCCAUUGAACUAGACCCCCUAGUCUGCCACACACUCUGCUUCUCCAGUAUUAUUUUCACUGCACUUACCCUUGUGUGGCAUUCUUUUGUUGCGUUUAUCUUCAUGUCUGUCUGCCGGACACACACUAUUGGGCUUAGGAGAUUCCUUAAGGAGAUAGAGUGUGAUGCUUCCAGGGUAGAGAGGCAGCUUUCCUUUUCUCAUCAGAUAACUGCCACGAGCCAGGAUGACAUCUGGCAGGAGUCUUUGUGGAUUGCUGAGGAUGAGAAUGACCUCGAGUAUGCCAAAUACUUAUCACGUCAACAACAUGAGACGUCUAUGUCCGCAAAGGACGUUAAUCCCCCAUCUGGGGAAAAUUCUUCAUCUGAGAUCAGUGUGCUCUUCUCUCCAGCAAUCAUGUCUGGAUCCGCCCUGACUGAUCAAGAUCAAGAAUAUAUUCCUGUGAGAAAUGUGCUUGACCUGGAUUCAGCAGCUCCUAUGCCCCAUACAAUGAGCAAUGCAGAACUGAUGCAUCAUUUCUGGAAACUUAGUUGUCGGCUGCGGUUUUCUUCAUGUGCACUUCAACGCUGGUAUGCCAGUUUAACAUCUCUGGUGCUCUUGCGCUGUGCCACUUACCUGGUGCGAUGGCUGACCCACUCUGCCUUAAUGUCGGAUAUAGUGCAGUUUGCUGCUCCCCUUGCCCUUCUAGUAGUUCUUUCAACAGCUAUUGCAGAAGUUAACUUUGAGGGUCAGCGCCUCCCAAGGUACAUUUAUCCCACAGAGGAGCGCCUAAGAACCUUGCAGUACAUGUCACAGAAUGCCCUGGCGAUGUCGAUCUACGGAUUUGGAAUGACCCAUGGCACCAUCGUGACAGUGGUAUUUGCCAUGUUAGUUGGAUUUGUAUCGAAAAUUGUCAUCACAGAAAUGACCAAGUCAUGAACCUUGUGGACUAUUUUUAUUUUGCUGACUACAGGGACACUUCCACCUUUCUAUUGACCAGUAUGAAUGUAAUCUAGAGCCUGUUGCCAAGAAAAUUUAAAACCUAAAAAGGAAAUUUAUUAGACUGACAAGUGAUCCUUGUUAAGCGAGGUUUAAGUGCCUUUCCAUGACAUUCCAAAGAUAUACACAUCUAUGUUGGAGAUAUUUUAAUAAGAGUGAUAUUGUUUGUUUUUGAAGAGUGUAUUCUUGAAUCUGUUUUUAAAUUAUAAGGACAUUUUAAAUAAAUAUU